ACAGACUAGGAGAAAUUAUCGCCAUCUUGUGCGCAGAAGCUGAUCCCAUGCUUGGACUCCAUUGACUCGGCCGCGACGCCGACCAACUCCUGCUGUACUUCGAUCAAAGAAAUUAUCGCCACUCAGCUAGCUUGCCUCUGCAAUCUGUACGCCACCCCCGAUUUGCUUGAAACUUUCGGCAGUAACGCCACUGCUCAGCCGCCAUUGCGGCGUCACGAGCGAUCUCUCUGACUGCAAGGAGGCGAGGGGACUUGUGGGGACUGAGGAGAAAAGGAGGCGACUGUCGACUGAAGAGUGAAGCUGAGGACUGAAGAGGCGAGGGCGACGGUUUUAGGUUUUGUGUUUUACGCUCUUUUUCUUCACUGGUGAUUUCUGACGGAAGAUUUUUCGAUUUUCCAGUUCUAUCUUCCAUCAAGAUGUCUUCUCUUGGCACAUCGAAGGGAAUCCUUGAGAUUGCUAAGUUUGGAAUCUACGUGACUGUUCCCAUCGUUCUUUUGUACUUUUUUGCCAACAAUUCGAAGAACAUCCAGAGAUUCAUGGGAAAUCGGUCGUAUGUUGUAUAUCCACCGGAGGCACCAAGACCGCCAUCGCCAGAGGAGCUUAGGGAGAUGGCGCGGGAGUUGGCUCGAAAAUCAAACGAUCGGUGAUGCUUCCUUGGAUUGGAAAUUGCUGCAGCAGUUGUGUACACCUGCCUAUGUUUAUACUUCUUAGCAUGCUAUGUGCAAUGAUGAUGUACAAUUAAUCUAAAUAAGAUGGUAUGUAUUUGGAAAAUGAGUUCUGUUAGGGCGUGUGUGGUACCAGGAACAGAGAAGAACAGGAGAGGGAUGAACAAUGUUAUCAUGUUUUAUUAUUAUAACACUGGUCUUUUAUUAUCA